UGCGCGUGUGCUUGAUCCUCGCGCGCUCGCGCACGCUGCCUCGCACUCCGGGGCUGUGGCGGCCUGUUCUCCCGCGUCUGGGGCCCCGCGGUGAGCCGUGUGGGAGGUCGGGCCCUGGCGUGGGUCUCGUUGCCGCUGCGGGCAGUCUGCGGUGGACUGGGCCCCGCGAGCGGGAUUUGCCGGAGCGAGCGGCGCGGGCGGGACGCCCCCGCCGAUGGGCAGCCCCUGGGCGCGCUGAGGCCGAGCUCCGAGCGAGCGGCCGAGGUAAAGCCAUGGUGAACACCUCACGUCGGUACGGAGUCUGCCCUGGGGAGACUGCGCUGUCGGGCACAGUAAAGGAGUGGAAAGAAGACAAAGGAGGCCGCUAUUGACGUUCUGCCUUAGCGUCAAAACUUCCCUUGCUGAGGCCGCGUGCGUGGCAGCUGGCCUGGCCUGCACCGUCAGAGCGACUGCCGCGGCUCGCCAGCACGCUAUUUCGAAUUAUAAACUCAUACAUAAAAUGAAAAUGAUGCAUCCUGUUGCCAGCAGUAAUCCAGCGUUCUGUGGGCCUGGCAAGCCUUCGUGCCUCAAUGAAGAUGCCAUGAGAGCUGCUGAUCAGUUUGACUUAUAUUCCUCCCAGCAAAGCAAAUACAGCCACACAGUCAGCCACAAACCAAUGGUUUGUCAGAGGCAAGACCCAUUAAAUGAAACACACUUGCAACCUACAAGUGGCAGAAACAUAGAGAUAAAAGAUGAACUAAAGAAAAAGAAAAAUCUUAAUCGAUCUGGUAAGCGUGGCCGGCCUUCGGGAACCACCAAAUCAGCAGGAUACCGGACCAGCACAGGCAGACCCCUGGGAACUACCAAAGCGGCUGGAUUUAAAACAAGUCCAGGCAGACCUUUGGGUACAACUAAAGCUGCGGGAUACAAAGUCAGCCCAGGGAGACCUCCAGGUAGCAUUAAAGCUCUAUCCCGGCUUGCUGAUCUUGGUUAUGGCUGUGGCACUGCUGCCUUUCCUUACCCUAUGAUGCAUAGUAGAGCAGUUCAUGGGGUGCAGGAAACCAGCAGUGAAGUCAAGCCACCCAAUGAAUGAAUGAGGCAGGAGAGGAAAGCCCAGUUUAGAAGGAGAUAUGAAUAAUCCCAAAGCUUCUUGGUUUAAUUUGACAUAAAUUUUCCAUCUGGACUUUCCAAAUUUGUUUUUCUAUUUGACACCCCCCACUUUUUUUCUCAGAAGCUGCCACAUGUUAAGAGGUACAUGUCGGGCAGCAAUGGUAUUCUCUUUGUACUAUACAUAGGUUAAGACAUAACACUUAACAAAAUCAUUUUUGCUUUUCCUUUUAUUUUUUUAUCACUACUUUGGGGCCAUUCUAAAUAGAUGAUUUAUAUGCUAAGCAACUUUGCAACUAUUAUACCUUUUAAUUUGUGAAGUAAGCCUACAAUAUAAUAAGAAUAUUAUCUAGAGUAUUUUAACUGAUGGAACAAAAAAAGCAACUAAUGAUCAGGAUAACUUGUGGUAAUAGCUAUGUGAGUUUCUGUGACAGUUUCAUGAAAUAAGACAUAGCUAUUUGGAUGCUUUGAAAUUUAGAAACGAUUUUGAGUGUUCUGAGUUUUAACAGCUUUUUUGAUUUACAUUUAUUGGUUGAUGUAGCUAUUAGUCCUAAAAUAAUUCUUGAAUAUUUGCCUUUCAGCAGUGAUAGGCUGUGUGUUUUUUAGUUGCCUAAGAGCAUAUAUACCAAACACUACAAACAAUUCAUACUUUAAAAAAAAUUAAAAAAAAAAAAACCUUAAAACUGCACAUUACAUUUUGGUGAAUUACAAUGCAUUCUGAGAAUAGCAUAUUUAAUAUACUAGGAAAAGAAACCUUAAGGUCUGCAUGGAAUUAUAGUCACUCUAUUUUGUCUUUCAUAUACUUAGUGAGUUUCAAAAUAUUAUAUUUAAAAACAUUUGUAAGUAUGACUCAUUUAUUUAGAAUGUUUUUUUAGUUUUUCUGAGUAAUUGUCAUAUUGCAUUACACUUAACUGUAUUUUCAGGUUUAUAUCCACCAAAGGACACACACUGAAUGGUAGACUGUAAAACUGGUAUAAACAGAAAACAGCUUUCUGACUGUCAGAACCCAAAUACUAACAAUUAUAGUAAUCUAUGUAUGCGUGAAACAUGUAAAAAAAAUGUUGAUUAGUCAAAUUAAAAAAUGACGUUGUGGCUCCAGUGAGACCACUUCAUCUAGAAAAAAUGUCUUCACCCCAAUGAUACUUGCUUUAGAAGCAAGAUAAGAGAAAAAAAUAUAUUGGGCCCAUAGUGUAGUGAGGGACAGUGAAAUCUCCCUUUUUUCCUGAAAUAUUUCUUGUUAAUAAUUUUUUUAUUUUGAGUUCCUAAUGAAAUAUUAUGAACUUCACAUUUGGAAAACUUUCACUGAAUUUUAAAAGUUUUUUACUUGCAUUUUAAAAUGCUUUUGAGAUUAAAAGUGUAGAUUUUUCAAGACUCAGAAACUUUUUAAAUAAUCAAAAAUUUAAAGGGGCACAUACCAUGUUGAUUGGGCUUGCUCCCAGUUAUUGCAAAGUCUGACUGCAAAUAGAUACUGUAUUUCAUACCUUUGUUGUCAGGAAAAAAGCAGCAAGCCUUCAGGUGUUCCAGUGAUGCCUGGCACAGUGAGCUGGACUAUUUUGCUGCUCUUUACAGUAAGAGGUGUUGUACUGUAUGUGGGGACUGUGUGCUCUGGCAUCUGAGACAGUGACCUCAACAAUACCAGCUUGCACAGACCAUAGUGAACAAUGCUGGAUGACUACAUUUCAUAAGCAGUUCUAACAUUCUGGCAGCUAAAUUGCUAUAAGAGUUUCUUCUUGCAGAAGCUAAGAAUAUAAAACUUUUAAUAAUUUACUCAGAACAGUAUAACUUCUGACACACACAAAUGCUUGCAUCUUUAUUCAUGUGUUCACCUGUUGACUUGUAUAUCUGUCAUUUAGCUGUUUCUCAAGAUGUUUAGCAGUUGGCUGCUUAGAAAUCCUUUGAAGCUAGUUCCUGAAGACAAUUCAAUGAAAAAUUCUACUAUAGAAUAACAUACAACCACUGACAAGGAUUUGGGUGCAUGUUGUAUUUUACAGUAAGUCCAUUUGACAUCCUUUCAGUUUGAUUUCAUUCCUGGUUUUGCUCAACAUACCCUUUCAUUUCUUCCUUACCUUGUCCCAUGUUCAUCCCCGCCCCCCCAACUCUCCAGCACAUUACUUGGUGGUGCUGUGCUGUGUGUCAGAAGAUAACGCAGGUGUAUUAUUGUAUAAUGAAUUUUGUAUACAUGUUUAUGAAAUGGUGAAAUCAAUUUAAGGAGAUAAGUUCGUAACAGUGUUAUUAUCAGGAGCUAUGUCCCAGGAAAAAAGAGGAUAAAUGGAUAACAUCACUUAGAAAACUGAUGUUCAUGUGAGAACAGUUACCUGGAAUAGUAAAUGUGUACACUGGUGGACAUCUGAUUCCACUUUUCUCCUUGUGAACAGUUUACUACUAUCAUGCUGAAGAGAGAGACAUAAGUGAUAACCUGAAGUCAAAAAGAAAGUAUUUUUACUUCUAUAUAAUCUAAAGACUACAUUGUGCAUCUUUUGUAACACUGUCUCUUGUCAUGAUAAACACUGAAAUAGCAUGUUGAACAGUUGCCUAUACUUCAGUAUAAUCAGUUGGGGAAAACUGGCCUUUUCCCCCACACUGUAUAAUUAUUCCUUAAAAGGUAAAUUGCUAAUUUUAUACUGUGUGGUUCUAUUCAUAAAAUAGGUUUCACUAUUCUAUAUUAAAAGUGUUGGUCAGAAAAUGAUCUAUUCACGUAAGUUUGUUUUACUUUUUUUCUUAAAAGGAUAUUUUAACAUGCCUUAUUUAUUAUUAUCAUAACAAAUAAGGAACCUAAUACAGAUGAAAUUUUCAUUUUUGACAGGUAAAACCUUGCCUAACCUUUAGUAUGGGAUGAUUUUGAUACUAUCUUUGGAGUUUUGCACUGGAUAUUAAAUAUAUUGGCAUAGUGUUAAAAAAAAGUAGUAUUUGGUUUAAUUUUUAAUAUUUGGGGACAUUUUUCAAAUCAGUAUUUGAUUAGACUAAAAAUUAUAUAUUUUAUUUACUUUUUAAAAAGAAACAUCUGUCAAAGUAGUAUUUAUUCAUUCCAAACUGGUGUUUGUUUGAAUUUACAUAUAUAUUUUCAUGAAAUAAUAAUAAAAUUUCUUUGAGGCAAAAUCUGUAUCCAUUUAUUAUUAGGUUAAGCGUGAUUCAUCAGUGUAAGGAUAAUCAUAGACUAUGAGUUUAUACAACAAACUUCUUUAUAUUUUAAGAAGCUUUAAAAGAGCAGUUCCAGGGUACUGAUGGUAACUGCUGCCCUGUCUGUCAUUGUCUGUGUGCAGUAAAAUUUUAUGAUCCCAUCAGAGAAAAUCAGUAAGAAUUCACAAUAGUCUAGAACAUAAAAGUUUUUUUUUUUAUAACAUACCUGCUCUUAAACUCUAAGAUGUAUCUAAAUCUCUCCUUUGCUUUUUCUCCCUUUUCCUCUCAAGUAGACAAAUUAUGCUCUCACAUACAAUGUAUUUAAUUUUUUGAAAUUAAUGCUAUAGUAAUUCAAAUGUGUGAUUUAAUCAGGCCACUUUGAUUCACAAUUUCCUUUUUUCACAGAUAAUUAUGAAGCAAAUAAUUACCAGUUAACUGAUAAUAAGCACGUUGUCCUCUGCUGUAAAAAGUCUGAAUAGAUACUGUGUAUGGUUUAAUGUCCAUGAACUUGAGCUACUCAUGUGCAAUUAAGUGUAUGGGAAUGGAGUAGUGUUCAUGAUUUGUAUCUAUAUCAUCAUAUGGAUGUAUAUUUAUUAAUAAAGUCAUCACUUUAAAACUA